AUGUCCUGCGAGUGCCGAAGGGCCUCAAGCGGAAUAAGCUCGCCAACAACCUCCGAAAGGCCAAGUACAGUACCUGGCGGGGAGUCUUCCUCCGUGCGAUGGGACGAGGACGACGUCCUGGCUCUAGCACCGUGGAGGGUCUUGCUAGGCAUCGCGCUCGGGGUGGCCCCGGCGGACGUGAAGAUGGCCGCCGUCGCCGCCGAGAUGCUGGUCAAGGCUGCCGCGGUUCGGCCGAGAGACGUGGCGGGUGACGCUCCGCGAGAUCGAUCGAUAGCCCUCGUCGCGCCGGCGGCUGCCGCGCUUUGCCUUGCUCUGCCCCGCUCGGAUGGUAGCGGCGGCGGUGGCGGCGGCGGUAGCAGCAACAGCGUGCGCGCGACUCUGUAUGGGGUGCUGGCAGGCUGCAUGGGGAGCGCGUUGGAUCUGAUGGCGAUGGUAUUAGACGGGGCUAGCAGGCUGGGACACGUGGUCAGCGCUGACAAGUUGGAGCGGCCGAGAGCCGUGAUCGGGCUGACGGUGUCUUGCAUCCUGGUGGCCCUCCGUCACCUUGGUCCGCUGGCGGAACCGCCGCUGCCACCCGCGAAUACGCCACAAGCCGCCGCCGUCGGCAGUAACGCUGCCGGCAACGGCGCCGCCCAGUCGUCGUCAGCGGCGGCGGCAGCUGCAGCACGGGCGUUCGUUGAGGUGUUGGGGCGCGCGUUGGACACGCGUUUCUCGAAGCACCUGGGAAGCUCGGCCCUUUCCAUGGUCAUGUCGGCCGUGCUUCACUGCUGGCCGCCGCCGCCGCCGCCGCCGCCGCCGCCGGACGGCGUCGCAGAAACGGAAGGCGGGCGUCGGGGGUACGCGAUGGGCUUGUGGCGUCUGGAACCUGACGGUAGUUCGAGUCGCGACGGCGGCAGCAGCAGCAGUAGCAGUAACCGCGCGGGUGAACCGUCAGUAGACUGCGGUGAGGAAGCGCGGGUAGCGGCAGGAGGAGGAGGAGGAGGAGCGAAUCAGCCGGAGCAAGGGACCGACAUUUUCGAGGACGAGUUCGGGUCACUGGUGUACGACGCCGAGCUGCAGGGUCUCUUGGAUGGUGGUGCCGGCGGCGCCAACCCACCUCAACCUAGCGCGCAGCAGCAGCAGCAGGCGGAAGCGGCGGCGAGGGAACAAGCCGAGGCAGCGGCGGCGGCGGCGGCGGCGGCAAUUGAGAAGGGGCGAGAGGAAGUUCGGCGGUCCCUUGCCGACGGGGCGCGGACGCACGUCCUCCCUCACCUGCACGCGAUCCUCAAGACGACGCACACGGCCGCUCGUUACGCUCAGGCCUCGGCUUCGGCUUCGGUGUUGUCUUCUUCCUCCUCUGCGGCAGCAGUGGCAGCGGCGGGGGGGGCAGAACCCUCUCGUGGAGCAGGAACGGAAGCUUCGGCUGGCGGCGGCGGUGGCGGCACCGCUGGGUCGAGUCUCGCCGCCGCCGGCCGCUCGUCUAGCAUGUCUAGUGCCGUUGCCGCCGCCGCUGCCGGUCACUCUACAUCUUCGACCGACUUUUCAAUAGUAGACGCUGGCACCGUGUUGGAGUUGCACGCCUCGGCAGCGUUGGUGGCCCUCAACGGUAGCGACAGCGUCGGUUUCGGCGGCGGCGGUAGGAGCGGCAGCUUCGGCAGUGGGGGGGGUAGUCAGGCAGGUCGCGGGACCAGUGGUAGUAGUGGCUCUGGAUUGAACGGCGUCUGCGACAAGUACCUGGAGAUGCACAGGAUGGGGCACAACCCUCUCAUGCCCCAGCAGCGCCUGCUCGCGGCGGCGUUCUUCUGCCUGGUGCUAGAAGGCGACGGCGGCGGCGGCGGCAGCGCCAGCGCCAGCGCCAGCGGCAACACAGAUGUCGGUCGGUCCUUGGCCCACCCGUGUCCGGCCCCGCCGUUGCUAGAGGCCCUGAGAGGGAAGGAGUGGGAGAUUCUCCACCUGUGGGUGCAGGCAGCGCUCGAUCCCCUCGCGUUCCCCGCGAGCCGACGGGGCGACCGUCGGCCCCGCGGCGGCGGCGGUGGGAGACGGUCGAGCAAGGAGCCAUCAGACAUCGUCAAAGACAGGCCCGGCGAUGGGCAACAGCAGCAGUUGAAACCGCUGGACGCUGAUCUCGCGGGCGUGUUCGAGAAGCGAGUCGUGCGGUUUGAGCCGGCGCAGCUUACCGCGCUGUCGCACGAUGAAACUCAGGCCCUCGAGCGAGUGCUGGACCUGCAGUCGGUGGUCGCCCACUGCGGCACCCUCUACGAGACAGCGAUGGUCAGGGCGGGGCCGGGGCUCCUGCCGGAGAAGGACCGGAAGCGGAUCAAGGACCGAGUCGUGAAGCUCGCGCACAAGGCGAUCAAGACUCUACGCCGCUUCCUCCCGGAGGUAUUCCCUCGAGAACAGCAAGGAUACCGGGCGAGAGGGGCACGCGGCCAACGGGGUCAUCGCUCUUCUUCUUCCGCCGGGGAGGGGGUGCUGCCCCCCGCGCGCUACGGCUCGGCGUUCCGGCGGCUGUACGGGCACGCCGCGUACUCGCUCGCCGCCUUCCUCAUGCGCAUGUGCGGCGGCCGCGUGCUCAAGGGGGCCCCGCUCUGCGAGCUGGUGGAGGCCAUGUUCGAGAGCAUCGCCUGCCGCGGUCCCGCCGACGCCGUAGGCGGCGGCGGCGGCGGUGGUGACGGUGGGGAUGGUGCGGGAGAAGGAGGAGGAGGAGGAGGAGGAGGAGGAGGAGGAGGAAGGGUGAGCGUGCCUCACGCCGAGCUUAGGGCGCUCGCGGUGACGCAUCUUCCCGAUCUGCUGCAGUGCUUGUCGGAAACGACUCUGACCAUGCCCCCGGUGACCGGAUGGAUCAAGAACAUCAACGACCACGCCAUCCACGGCGGCGAUCAAACGCCGAGGUCGGACGACACUCGCGCCAACGCUAACGCUAGCGCCGCCAACCUGUCUUUUACCCCCCUCCUGGCCUCGCUGGCGUCGGGCUUGCGCGGGGACCCCGCGUACCCGUGCUGCCCACGGCGUGGGCGUGGGGUAACUACGGGAGCGGGUGGCGGGGGCAGGGGCAAGGGCGAAGGCGACGACGCUUUCGGUGACUUGGCCGCGGCCGCCGCGCUGGCGCCGCUGCCUGGCCGGGAUCCCGCCGUGCGGUCGAGGCUCCGGGAGGGCCUGAGGCAGGAGAUGCUCGGCGACCGGAAGCUCCGCGUCGCGCGGUUCUUGUUGGAGGCCGCCGUUGUCGGUGGCAGGGCACCGCCACCGCCGCCGACGCUGCAGGACGACGGCGGCGGUGGUGGCGAUGUGGUGGCGGGGACGGAGCUCCAGCGUGUGCGGCAGCAGCUGCAGCAGCAGCAGCAGAUGGCCCUUUCCGUUAGCAAGACCGGCCGGCUCCUGGCGCUCUUGGCGGGCGUGCUUGGUCGCCGCCGAUUGGACGACGACGGCGGCGGUGGUGACGCUGACGCUGACGGCGGUGGUGGUGCUGCUGGCCGCCACCAUGGCGCCGCUGCCGGCCCUCCAUCGCGGUCGCCGGUCUCACGGCAACAACCACCGCCGGGGCGGCCGCCGCUUAGCGUCAAGAAGGACGUCCUGGUGCUGAUCCGGCCGGUGUACGCGCUCCUCGGGGAGGCUCUCCUGGGGGAGAAGGGGCUGGCGCGACGCUUGACUCGCGAGAUCCUCGCCGUCGCCUCGGCGCUCGCCGUCGCCGGCCUCGACCACACCCUCCCCGCAACUGCAGCCACCAUCACCACCACCACGGAAGCAGCGGCAGCGGCAGCGGUGCAACAGCGGCAGCAGCAGUACGGGCAAGGAGAAGCCACUGGCGCAACGGCACCGGGAAGGGGAGCGGUAGACGUCGUCGGUGCCGGGGUAGAAUCGCCGGCGGCGGCGGCGAUCGAGCGGCGAGCGGUGGAGUGCUUCGCGGAGGCGGUGGUUCUCGCCGUGUCGACGAGCCUCGGGGCGGUGGUGGCGUCCGUCGCGGGCGGCGGCGACGACGACGGCGACUGCGGCGGCGGCGGCGGCGGGUUGGCGGACCUGGGGCCCUGCGAGUCUGACCUCGAGCGGCUCCUGGUGAGCCUGGGGGCGUGGGAGUCCCGCGGCGGGGGCGGGGGUCGAGGGUGGCCGCACAGCGCACCCCCGCCAGCGACGUCCCGGGAGGGUUCAGGAGGAGGAGGAGGAGGAGGAGGAGGAGCUGGAGGGCAGGAUGCCGUUGUUGAGGACAUUGACAUGCCGCUGCCGGAGCUCCUGGACGAUGCCGAGAAACUUUCGGCCGCGGUUCGGUCGGCGGCGACGAAAGGAGGAGCAGGUGGCGCUAGCGGGGCGAUCGUGCGGCGGUUGGACGGUGCGCUGGUGCCUAGGAUCAAGGCCUGCCGAGCCUUCUGUCUGUAGCCGACGCUGCGGCCUCUGCAGCAGCCGCAGCCGCAGCAGCAGCAGCGAGACAACGGUGUGGACACAAAUUGACAGCUUUUUCAAUUUUUCAGAAAGAGACUUUUAAGAGCUACGGCGGUGGUACCAAACAGACGGCGCAGGGAUUGUACAACUAACUCCCGAGAGAGGUGUUAGAUCUACUCGUGGAGUGCCUGCUGUGUUGCUGUUGCUUGUACGACGCCGUGUAGCCAAAGCGAACGCCUUCGAGUGUAGUUGUGCCCGAGGGGGGACAACGGCUUGGUCGCUCCUUUCGUGCUGACGGCCGGCCGCAGAGAAAACGCCGCACACGACUCGACAACUCCCUCCCUACAGGUUGUGUUGCAUCGCGCGCGAAGAGGACAGAUUGGGCAGUCGUUGUGAUAUAUACAUACUUCUAUAGUCUACCCCGCUUCCCUUGCUGUCCAAGUCUUCUCAAGCUGGUGUUGGCAGUGAGCUUGUUGGGGCUACCCGGAUCCGCCCGGGGAGGUCACCGGUCCAGCUAUUAUUGUCUGUUGGCUGGCUGUCUCGAUUGGGAUUUGCGGUGCUCCUGGUUUGCUCUGCCGCCCGCCGCAGCCGCGUCUGGCACGAUGUAGCUACGCGUGCGAUUUUUUUUGGGGGGCGG